AUGAGGGGUGCAAUCCAUCCCCCAACAUGCCCCAUGGAGCUUUCUGUAUUUUUCUUCCCCAGAAGCUCAAACAUCAACAGUUAUUCACUAAAAGGUACAUCAGGAAACGAUGAACGCGUGUUCAAAACCCUUAAUCUUGCUCCGUUGGUGAAGAAACCGUUAUCAUGCCGCAAACACCUUCUUAUUAUGAAGAAACGUCUUGCCAACAACAACCCGGAUGCUCACUACAUAAAAGGUAUAAUAUGGUACUUUAACCUUGAUCAUUGUGACGUUGGUCUCCACCAUAUUGGCAUAGCAGCUAACGGAGGCCAAAAAGAAGCAAUCUACAUAGGAAGGACUGAAGAGGGAAAAACCUAUAUGAGCCAAUUUGAAUGGGCUAAAGACACCACCAUGGCUGAAACGUGUUGGAAACAAAUCAAAACUUCACUAAAUGGGAUUAGAGUGGCGAGAAAAAGAUGCUACAUGAUAUCACUUCGCAACAUGAAACCCCCCGACGUGUGCCAUCCAAGAGAUUUGGACAACACAUGUGAGAAAUGUUUUUUCUACAAACAAAUGUUUAAGUUUAUUUUUAUGGUAUAA